UACAAGUGUAUCUUGUGAAAAAUAAAAAGGUGGACGUGUUGGCCAACACGGUAAAAAAAACUCCACACCCAAAAAAAAAAAAAUAUUCUGCUACAAUUAUCUAUAGCCACUACUUGUGUGUGGUGUGCUGCACAUAAAAACAACGGAUUUCAUGGCGAUAUGUCCGAAAAUAAUUUCGAUCAUUCUCAUGCUACAAGUAUUUUCGGCGAUAGUUCUGAUGUUGCAUCACACGAUGAUGAUAUGAUUGAGGAGAUCUCAAUGAAAAGUUACGACGAUGACAAUAUCGAUGAUGAAAUUAAAUUUAUCACUGAAGAAUUGAUUGAAAAUGUCAUCGAUACAAUUGAAGAUGAUGAUGAAUGGAAAUCGAUCCAGAUUGAUUUUGAUGGUGAAACAAUCUUACCGAAUGGUAUUCGUUUGAUAAAAGGUGUUGCCGAAAUGAUCUUCUACCGGGAAGAUGACAACAUACCUUCCCGUUUUACUAAUCAGCUAAAUUUUCUCAAGACCAUCCUAACCAAAUAUAUUUGCCGCUAUAAAACGGCUGUGCCAUUUUUAAAUCCUGUCGAUAGUGUUCGUCUUAAGAUCCCACAUUAUUAUCUAGUUGUCAGAAAACCUAUGGAUCUAAAUACUGUCAAAAAUCGACUUAAUUUUCUUUGGUAUCAAUCUGCUAAUGAAUGUAUAAGUGAUAUUCGUCAAAUAUUCAAAAAUUGUUAUCAAUUCAAUUCACCCAAAGAUUAUGUUUAUUCUGCCGGCAAAAAAUUGGAAGAAUUUUUCGAUGAAAAACUUAAAGAUAUGCCUCUUGUCGAGGAAGAAAUUCCUUGUCCACCACGACAAAACAUCGAAGAAUUUCAAAAAUUGAAUGAAAAACGAGGCUAUAAACGACGCAGCGGAUCGCUGUCAGAUAGUAUGGAUUGUCCAACUCUAUCACCGAUUGGAGACAACAGUUUGCCUGGUGUGACAGCAUUCUCACCAAUCAAGAUGACAACACGUAGUGAGAGAGGUGUUAUGGUACGAAAACCGAGCAAAGAUUUACCGGCUCCGAUUUCGACACCUCCUGUAAAACAGCCUACAGUGAGAAAGGUGCCAUUGAACAAACCGAUGGAAGAAUGUUGUAAAUUUGUCAAAGAAUUGUUCACCAAGAAACAUGCCGAAUAUGCUUGGCCAUUCUGGAAACCGGUUGAUCCAAAUGAAUUUCCUGAUUAUCAUUUAAAAAUUAAAAAACCAAUUGACCUAUCAACCAUCAAAACGAAUAUUCAAUCGGGAAAAUAUUCCACUGUGGAUGAUUUCGCUAAAGAUAUGCGAUUAAUGUUUUCGAAUUGUUUACGUUAUAAUCCACCAGAAUCGCCAAUCAUCGAACAAGUCAGACAACUAAGGGAAGCAUUCGAAUAUCGAUAUGCUCAAUUUCCUGAAGAUUAUUUAAAAGAAAAAUUGGUUGUUCCAAAACAAAACAGUUCUCCUUCAUUUUCGAUUCGAAAUCUGACUAGUGCCUCAACAUCAUCAAGUCAUCAUCAUAUUUCCGAUUCAUCGAAUUCAUCAAGCAUAUCUAAUGGUAAAAAAGCAAAAUCAGAAUCGAAUAAGAAAAAUAGUCUUAAAAGUCGUGUUUCACGGAAUGAAUCUGGUGUGUUCAGCCCUCUAAAUGUUUCAGUUCUAGCUGAUAAACAUAAUGGCAAUAGUAAUGCAGAUAAUGAACCUGAAGAUCGUAUGAAAAUGCUGGAAUUUCAAGUUGCAUGCUUGAGAGAAGCGUUAUCAACAGCAUUAUCUCAUACUCCGGAAUCAUCGGCAGCCACUGCACUUCUGAACGCAAUUAAACCGAAUUCUAAUGGAUACCCAAAUGGAAAACGGUCCAAUUCGAAAAAGCCAAGAAAAAAUGGCUAUAAAACGAAAACAAAUAAAAGGUUGUCCCAAAAAUCAACUACGAACAAGAAACGAAAACACUUAUCGUCUGACGAAGAGGAUGAUGAUUCGGAUUCCUAUGUUGAUGAUUCAUAUCAGCUUACUGAGCCAUUCAAUCCGGAAAGUAUUGAUGAUCUGAAAAAACUAAAAAAAGAUCUUGAAAAUCUUCAGGCAACCGAUUUACAAAAUGUUCUGCGUAUUCUGCAAUCAACUGAACCAUCGUUAAGAUGUGAUGAUGAACAAAAUGUUGAAAUCGAUUUUGAAGCAUUAAAACCAGAAACGCUAAUAGCGCUCAGAAAAUAUGUCACUUCUUGUAUGCUAAAUAGCAAAUCAUCACCAUCAAAUCCUGAUAAAAGUGGUAAUAAUAUGCCAUCAUCAUCAUCAUCCGCAUUGUUGACGAAUAAAAGCAGCAAAAAAUUAUGCCGCGGAUCUUCAUCAAGCAAUUUUGAUACUGACUGUGAUAAUUCAAUUCAAAACAAUUGGUCACGUGCUGAUUCUAGAGCUUCAAACUUACAACUCAGUGAAAGUAGCAGUGAUAGUGAAUUGGACUAAUGUUUAUAUAAUUAAAAAAAA